GCAUGAACAUCUCGAUGACCCUAGAAGAACAGAAUGGCAAGGAUUUCCUUCAGGGACUAGAGCGGCUACUGCUGGUGGGUUAACAACAUUGGUUGACAUGCCUCUUAAUAGUUUUCCAUCUACAAUUGCCGAAAAAGCUUUUGAACUCAAGGAAGAGGCAGCUAAUAGAGAGCUCUUAACAGUAGCAAACGACGCAAGGGCUGGUGGCCCUGCUGAAGGAGCUCAUCUUCACAUUGUUCGUCUGUCUGAUGCGAGAUCUUCCUUAGAUCUAAUUAAGGAAGCAAAAAGUGGUGAUAGCAAUGGUGAUAGCACAACUAUUGGAUUUGGAGCAUUACCACAUCAAAAGUCAUUGCACAGGUCCUCAAGAUGGCGGUUACAGAUGCUGGCCACCAGGUCGUGGGUUCGUUUCUCUCGGAAAGUUUACAACAGCAAUUUAGCAAGCUUCUAGCAUCGGUCAUGAGGAUUCUUAACGUUAUGCAGGCAUCUACGCUUGACUAUCAGUUCAUCAUUCUGCCCCUUCUGAAGUCAUUCAUGCGGGAACUAUUUGAGGUUUUGGUCAACAAAGACACAAAGAAGAAGGCAGAUGCUGCAAGAGAAGCACUUUUAUCAGAGAUUGAACUGGAACCCAAGAAGAAGAAAAAUUUUGAG